AUGAUUAGGAAAACAAUUCAAAGAAUAAUGCCAACAGCCAAGAAAGUUAUAGUUAUUGCUGGUACAACUGGUGUUGGUAAAUCCCAACUUUCCAUCCAGUUAGCAACUAAAUUCAAUGGGGAGAUCAUCAAUUCUGAUUCUAUGCAAGUUUAUAAGGAUAUUCCAAUCAUAUCAAACAAACAUCCCAUCGGGGAACGUGAAGGAAUCCCACAUCAUGUCAUUAACCAUAUUGAUUGGACUGACGAAUAUUACCUACAUAAAUUUGAAGAAGAAUGUUUGCAAACUAUUGAAGAGAUUCAUAGUAGAGGGAAGAUACCUAUUAUAGUUGGUGGUACACAUUAUUAUUUACAAGCACUUUUCAAUAAAAAAGUAGAGACUGGUAGUAGGGAACUGGCUAAGAAAGAGUCUGAAAUACUGAAUUCAAAUGAUCCGAACUUGAUCUAUCAGACUUUGAUGGUAGUGGAUCCUGAUAUUGCAAAAAAGUAUCAUCCACAUGAUACAAGAAGAGUUCAAAGGAUGUUGGAAAUAUAUUAUACAACUGGAAAGAAACCAAGUGAAAUGUACAAUGAUCAGCAAUUAACUCUUAGAUAUAAUACAUUGUUUCUAUGGUUAUAUAGUGACCCAAUACCACUAGAUAAGAGACUAGAUGAUAGAGUAGAUGCCAUGCUAGAAAGUGGUGGGAUGGAUGAGAUUAACCAGUUAUAUUCUUAUUAUAAGGAGAAUAAUUUUAAACCGGAACAAUGUGAAAAUGGAGUAUGGCAGGUAAUUGGGUUCAAAGAAUUUUUACCUUGGCUAGAAAAGAGCUCCGGAGUUACUUUAGAAGAGUGUGUUGAUAAGAUGAAGAUUAGAACUAGACAAUAUGCAAAAAAGCAAGUAAAAUGGAUUAGAAAGAUGUUAAUCCCAGAUAUUAAUGGUGAUAUAUAUAUAUUGAACGCAUCUGAUUUGGACAAAUGGCAAAACAUAGUGUCUAAGAGAGCGAACAGCAUAGCAGAAGAAUUUGUCAAUGAUACCACCAUCAUUGAGGAAAGAGCUCCAGUUGAAUUAAGUCAUUUAUUAGAUGGUAUUGAAAUGUCAACGAAGGUAAAGCAAAAUAAAACAGAAGCUUGUGAACAAUUCAUUUGUGAAAUUUGUUGUGACCAACAAGGAGAAAAACUAAGAGCAAUAGGUACUAAAAACUGGGAAAUUCAUUUGAAAAGUAGGAGACAUAAAAGGAAUCUAACUAGAGGAGUAAAGAAGGCCCAAUAUGAAAAAUGGAAGGCGCAAAAUAAAUCUAGCACAAGAGUAUGA